AUGUUAAAGAAAAUGACAACUAUAGCAGCAAGCAACAGUUAUGAAUAUAUGGAUAAAGCAUCCAUUGAUAAAGAUCUUUGUUGUGAUUAUUGUAAUAAUCCUUUAAUUGAUCCUGUAUCAACACCAUGUAAACAUACAUUUUGUCGUAUUUGUAUUGAAGAUAAAUUAAAGAAAACCGGUGUUACGGAACGUAUUGUUUUAAAUAUGCUUGAUCGACUUCUUGUUAAAUGUACGAUUUGUAAUACAAUAAAUAUUCCACGUGGUUCUUUUGAAAAACAUAUAACAAAUGUUUGUCCAAAAAUAACAGUUAAUUGUACAGCAGUUGAUCUUAAAUGUCCAUGGAUUGGACCAAAUGAACAAUUAAAAGAACAUAUUUCUAUAUGUAUUUAUGAACAAAUUCGUCCAAUACUUAAGGAAAAUAUUCAAAAUAAUCAUCAAUUAAAAGAACAAAUUCAACAAAUGUCUGAACAAUGUUCAAAAAAUCAUUUAUCAUAUAUUAAAGAAUUACAAGAAACAAAUCAACGUUUAAAUACAAAUAUUGAACAAUUGAAUGAAGUAUUAAAUCAUGAAAAAACAAAAUUAAAAGAUUUACAAAUAGAAUUUCAACAAUUAAAAGAAUUAAUACUACAAGAUAAAACUCAAAUUCAUGAAUUACAAACUGAAAUGCAAUGUGAUAAAAAAGAAAUUAUACGUGUUAAUGAACGUUGUGAUAAACAAGAAAUUCAAAUUAAUCAAUUAAUUGAUAAAAUUAAUGCAAAAGGAGGUGUAUUUGCUUAUCAAAAUCCUCAACUUGAACAAAAUAUAUCAAAAUAUCAAUUACAUACAACAAUUGAUUUAUCUAAACAACAAUUACUUGAUCUUGAUAUGGAAACUAUUAUUAAACGUGCUCUAAUUGAAAAAGAAUGUACAAAACUUGAUUUAGGUUCUAAUUCAAUAACAUCCAAAGGUGCAUCAGUAUUAGCUGAUGCUUUAAAAUAUAAUACAACAUUAGAAGAAUUAGAUUUUCAUAAUAAUCGUAUAUCAGAUCUUGGUGUAUAUUCAUUAGCUAAAGUUUUAUCAGCAAGUGAUUCAAUAUUAAAAGCUCUUGGUCUUGGAUCAAAUGGUAUAACAGAUAAUGGUGCUGAAUAUUUAGCUGAAAUGUUAAAAAUAAAUCGAACAAUAACAUGGUUAGCAUUAGCUGGAAAUCAAAUAGGUGAUUAUGGUGUUAAAUUAUUAGCAAAUACACUUGCAUAUCAAAAUACAAGCUUACUUGUAUUAUCACUUCAUGUUAAUAAAUCAAUUAGUGAUGUAAGUGUUGAUAUAAUUAUUAAUAUGUUACAACAUAAUAAAUCAUUAAAAAAACUUUGGAUACAAGAUUGUAAUAUGUCUGAAGAUGGAAAAUUAAAACUUCGUGAUGCAGCAAAGAUAAAACAAGUAAAAUUUUGA